UAGGGAACAGUGAGCAGCCAGUGAAGCGUCCAGCCUGCCGAACAAGGCUGAGUUUAGGGUCAGGAACCGGUCUGACAAGAGAAUGGCAAUCCUGCCUGUAAACUGUCAAUAGGACUUAACAGUUAAGGAUGAACCUACCAGAACACUGGAUCCAAAGGCGACACACCGAACAAGAGAAUGUCAAGACAUAUUUCAGGAUACUGUGAGUGUUACUAAAGAUGUCCGAUAGUGUCGAUAUUGAAGAGAAACCGCCAGCCCCUCCCCUGAGAAUGAACAGUAGUUCCCGAGACUCUUCAUCAGUGAAUCACGGCUCCAAACCUCUCCCAAUGGCUCCUGAAGAGAAGAACAAGAAGGUUCGCCUGCGCUCCAUCUUCCCUGGAGGAGACAAGAGUGGACUCCAAUCAAGUUGUAGAAACAUCUCAAGGAUGAUCAAUGGAAACAGGAUGCACCUGAGCUCAAUUUCGAGUCUCAUGGCAAUGGCAAACAAGAAGAAGGAGAAGGAGCGUCCUGAGAUCUCCCUGCCCUCAGACUUUGAGCACACCAUCCAUGUUGGUUUUGACGCUGUUACAGGGGAGUUCACUGGCAUCCCAGAGCAGUGGGCACGCCUCCUUCAGACCUCCAACAUCACCAAACUGGAGCAGAAGAAGAACCCUCAGGCCGUGCUGGACGUGCUCAAGUUCUACGACUCCAAAGAGACGGUCAACAACCAGAAAUACAUGAGUUUCACCUCCGGAGACAAAUCCGCACAUGGAUACAUAGCAGUCAACACUCUGAACCGACUGCUGUCGUCUGGGCCUCCUGUCAGCCAUAGAACCUGCAGCGCAUUAUUUGACAAGGGUGCAAAGACAUCCACAGAGCCCCCGAUAGCGCCCCCUGUGUCAGAGGAGGAGGAGGAGGAGGAGGAAGAAGAGGAGGAGGAUGACGAUGAUGACAAUGAGCUUCCGCCCGUCAUCGCACCUCGACCUGAGCACACUAAAUCUAUAUACACCCGCUCUGUCAUCGAGCCCUUGGCGCCUCCCGCCCCUGUGAAGGAGGUCACAACCCCGCCGGAGUCCCAGGUCUUGCCAGAGAACACAUCCAGCACUCUGUACCGCAACACCGACCGGCAGAAGAAGAAGUCCAAGAUGACAGACGAGGAGAUUCUGGAGCGACUGAGGAGCAUUGUGAGUGUGGGGGACCCCAAAAAGAAGUACACACGCUUUGAGAAAAUAGGACAAGGGGCAUCUGGCACUGUAUACACAGCCAUUGACAUUGCUACUGGCCAGGAGGUGGCCAUCAAGCAGAUGAACCUCCAGCAGCAGCCCAAGAAGGAGCUCAUCAUCAAUGAGAUCCUGGUGAUGAGGGAAAACAAAAACCCCAACAUAGUCAACUACCUGGACAGUUACCUGGUAGGGGAUGAGCUGUGGGUAGUGAUGGAGUACCUGGCUGGAGGCUCACUGACUGAUGUCGUGACUGAGACCUGCAUGGAUGAGGGCCAGAUUGCCGCAGUCUGCAGAGAGUGUCUACAGGCUCUGGACUUUCUGCACUCCAACCAGGUGAUCCACAGAGACAUCAAGAGUGACAACAUCCUGCUGGGCAUGGACGGCUCGGUCAAGCUCACCGACUUCGGGUUCUGUGCCCAGAUCACCCCAGAGCAGAACAAGCGCAGCACCAUGGUGGGCACGCCCUACUGGAUGGCACCCGAGGUGGUGACCCGCAAGGCCUACGGGCCCAAGGUGGACAUCUGGUCCCUGGGUAUCAUGGCCAUAGAGAUGGUGGAGGGUGAACCUCCCUACCUGAAUGAGAACCCUCUCAGAGCGCUGUACCUUAUCGCCACCAACGGGACUCCAGAGCUCCAGAACCCUGAGCGAUUGACCUCCGUGUUCAGAGACUUCCUCAACCGUUGCCUGGAGAUGGACGUGGACCGCAGAGGCUCAGCCAAGGAGCUCCUCCAGCAUUCGUUCCUGAAGUUAGCCAAGCCCCUGUCCAGCCUGAGCCCCCUGAUUGUUGCAGCCAAGGAAGCCAUCAAGAACAGCAGCCGCUAGGAGGCGCUGUGUGUCCACACACAGAGCUGGACCCUGCUCCAUGGGGUUGUGAGACAGGCAGCACAGGGAUAAACAGUAACCAACCCCCCCUGCUGCCUCAUACAGAGGAUGGACAGCUGGCCUACAGGGCCUCUCAG